AUGAAGGCCUCUUUUAAGAACGUGAAGGCUUUCAGAGCCUCGGGUGGCCAGAUCGAAGGAUUGACUCCUUUCCUGGUUAACAUGGAGGGGGAGUAUAUAGAGGAACACAGGUGUCUGUACAAGGACUUGAUGAUGGAGAAUCACCGGCCCCUAACAUCACGGGCUACGAAUACGAUUUCCGCUCCGGUUUCAAAGCCGGUUUCAUUUCCGAACCCUCCAUGGGCUAUGCUAACAGAUGUCAUUGCUGGAUUGCAGUCAGAACUGGCCGCCGCUCGACAAGAGCGGGAAGCGGCAAGAUCUGAGUCUAGGGAUUCUAUGCCAGACCUCACUGCACAAGAUGAGCAUGAGGAAGGCGAAUUGGACCAGCAGUCAGAUAGUAAGGAUAUUGACAGCCCAGACAUUGAUAAUCUCAUCAGAGCGCCGUCCAUAUACCAAGAGUACUCCAGUGCCCCCUAUGGAUUCAAAGAAAAGGAUUUACCUGCAGAUCGACACACAAGCAGGAAUAUCUCAGAAGGACAUCUAAUAUCAUCCCCGGAUUGUGAAAUAAAAGAUGACAGUAGACAGGAUUCUCCAGGAACUAAUCUCAUUACCCCAAUUAUACAUCCAGCUCUAUCAGCUGAUCCCUCUGAUCCUGGGAAAUGUUCUCCUGAUCACUCUGAUAUUGGUGCAUCUGUUACAGCUCUGACAGUAGAUACAGUGUUUUCCUGUUCUAUAGGUGCAACUUGUUUUACACAGAACACAAAGCUUAUUGCACAUCAGCCAUCUAAGGCAGGUGAGAGACCAUUUCCAUGUUCUGAGUGUGGGAAAUGUUUUGCACGGAAAUCAUUUCUUGUUAUACAUGAGAGAAGUCACACCGGAGAGAAGCUAUUUUCAUGUUCUGAGUGUGGGAAAUGUUUUACAUCCAAAUCAUAUUUUGUCAUACAUCAGAAAACUCACAUAGGUGAGAGUCCAUUUACAUGUUCUGAGUGUGGGAAAUGUUUUACACGGAAAUUACAUCUUGUUCAACAUGAGAGAAGUCACACCGGAGAGAAGCCAUUUACAUGUUCUGAGUGUGGCAAAUGUUUUACACAGAAAUCAUUUCUUGUUAUACAUGAGAGAAGUCACACCGGAGAGAAGCCAUUUACAUGUUCUGAGUGUGGGAAAUGUUUUACACAGAAAUCAUUUCUUGUUAUACAUGAGAGAAGUCACACCGGAGAGAAGCCAUUUUCUUGUUCUGAGUGUGGAAAAGGUUUUUCACACAAGUCAUAUCUUGUUAUACAUGAGAGAAGUCACACUGGAGUGAAGCCAUUUACAUGUUCUGAGUGUGGGAAAUGUUUUUCACUGAAAUCGAAUCUUGUUCAACAUGAGAGAAGUCACACCGGAGAGAAGCCAUUUUCAUGUUCUGAGUGUGGAAAACGUUUUUCACACAAAUCAUGUCUUGUUACACAUGAGAGAAAUCACACCGGAGAGGGGCCAUUUUCAUGUUCUGAGUGUGGGAAAUGUUUUGCACAGAAAUCAACUCUUGUUAUACAUGAGAGAAGUCACACCGGAGAGAAGCCAUUUCCAUGUUCUGAGUGUGGGAAAUGUUUUUCACAAAAGUCACAACUUGUUACACAUGAGAGAAGUCACACUGGAGAGAAGCCAUUUUCUUGUUCUGAGUGUGGGAAAGGGUUUAUACAGAAAUCACAUCUUGUUAGACAUGAGAGAAAUCACACAGGUGAGAGGCUAUUUUCAUGUUCUGAGUGUGGGAAAGGGUUUAUACGGAAAUCACAUCUUGUUACACAUGAGAGACGUCACACAGGUGAGAAGCCAUUUUCAUGUUCUGAGUGUGGGAAAAGUUUUAUACAGAAAUCACAUCUUGUUCAACAUGAGAGAACUCACAGACGUUUGAAGCCAUUUGCAUGCUCUGAGUGAUUAAUAAAUCAGCUCUUGUUGGACACAGUAGACAUCACACAGGUGGGGAACCAUUUUAAUCUUCUGGAUAUACUCUUCUUCACCAUU